AUGGCGAGCACCGUAGCUGACGACAAAGUAGUGGACGCCUCGAGCUUGGAGAAGGGCCCGGUCGACACCUCCUCAGAGAAGUCAGACCGUUAUGCAUUCGACGCCGCGGACCUCGAUCGCGUGCAGCGAAGGCUCAGCCAGCGACACAUACAAAUGAUUGCUAUAGCCGGCACUAUCGGUGCUGAUUCAUCGCCGAAGUCAGGCUCUGGCCAUGCUUUGGCUGGUGCGGGUCCUUUGGGAGCACUACUGGCGUACGCUCUCGUUGGAACAACUGCGUAUUCAACGCUGUGUUCCUUAGGGGAGAUGACGUCGCACGCACCCGUCUCUGGGACAUUCCCUCACUAUGCUGCACGUUGGGUUGAUCCUGCCUUAGGGUUCACGGUUGGAUGGAAUUACUACUGGUCGAACGCUAUCGCCACACCGGCUGAGAUCUCCGCUGCCACGAUUCUGCUCACGUUUUGGGAUGAUUCAGUACGUGCGAAUCGUGAACGCUCCAUCAGCCACCAGUAUGUAUACACCGCCGUUUUGGUCGCUGCGAUCAUCGCCAUGAAUUUCAUUGGUGUUCGCUGGUAUGGGGAAAGCGAAUUCAUGUUCUCCAUUCUGAAACUGCUUCUCAUCACUGGCCUCAUCAUCUUGGGUCUUGUCAUCGACCUCGGAGGGGCGCCCGACCACGAUCGUCGAGGUUUCCGGUUCUGGGACGACCCAGGCCCAUUCGCGAGGGCGGGGCUGGUGAGCAAUCCCAAUACCGACAAGUUCUUGGGUUUUCUGUCGGUCAUCGUCCAAGCGGCAUUCUCUUUCCAAGGGAUGGAGCUUGUCGCCGUCGCAGCUGCGGAGACCGAGAGCCCGCGCAGGAACAUCGCCACUGCGGUCAGGCGGGUCUUUUACCGUGUCGUGAUCUUCUAUAUUUUGGGAGUUUUGAUCACGGGCAUGAUUGUACCCUCGAAUGACCCUACUCUCCUCCACUCGACCGGGACUGCUGCCGAAUCCCCGUAUGUCAUCGCGAUGCGACUUGCUAGCAUCAAGGUCCUGCCGUCCAUCGUCAACGCCGUCAUCUUCACCUCGGCGUUCUCAGCCGGAUCCUCUUACCUCUAUUGCAGUGCACGUAUCCUGUACGGGCUCGGACUCCGCAGGCAAGCGCCGAAAAUCGUCACCUACUGUGCCCCGAACGGCGUCCCCGUCGUCUCGGUCGCCAUCACGUCGGCAUUCGCGUUCCUCGCUUUCAUGAACGCCAGCUCCGGGGCGGCUACGGUGUUUUCCUGGCUCGUGAACCUGACCACCGUCGGCGGAUUCUUCUCCUGGGGCGUCAUGUGUUUGACUUACAUCUAUUUCCAUCGAGGGAUGAAGGUGCAGGGCAUCGAUCGCACGCAACUCGUAUAUCACAAUCGGCUGCAGCCUUACAUUGCCUGGUGGGGUCUGAUCUGGAACGUCAUCUUCAUCCUCAUCAACGGGUUCGAGGUUUUCUGGUCGUUCAACGCGUCCGAUUUCCUUACCGCAUACAUCAACAUCCCGAUAUUCUUCGGUCUAUACUUCUUCUGGAAAAUUUGGAAGAAGACCAAAUUCUGGAAGCCUGAAGAAAUGGAUUUUGUCACCGGCAUCCCUUCAAUAGAAGAGACGGAAACCCCGCUAGAGCCUGCACACACACUGGCACAAAAAAUCGCGUCGAAAAUAUUCUAA